UUUAUAAAUAUCUUACUCUGACUUAUGCAGUUCAUGUUAUAAAUAUCUUACUCUCACAUGCAUUUCAUAUUUCAUGAUGUUUACUGGCUCCAAUUUUUCUUUUCAUCUACAUAAUUUAUUGGGAAAUUUUUGCUGAAUAAUCCAUAUAAUUCUCCCAUAUUUCCCACGACUCAAUUAAAAUCUUUUACUUCUGCAAGCAGAUGGGAUUGACUUUGGUAUAAAUAUCAGUAUUUCAGAAAUUGGUGACUUACUUUCUUGAGAAAAUACCAUAUCAUGUAUAUAUAAUUAAAAUACCUUUUAUGACUCAUUCACACUUCUUUAAUAUUAUAAAGACGUAGAAAACCCAUAUGAUGGAUAUUUGAUCAGGACUCUGAACGAAGGCAAAUCGAGGAUUUUAUUCAAUGUACCAAUUACUCAAGAAAGGGCAAAGAGACUCCUACAUCUCCCGGUAUUUUACGCAGAUAUAAUUAUCAGAUGGUGAUGUGUUUGACAAAUCUUUCAAUCUUACUGGCAAAUGUCACCACUUGUCGUGAGCAACUAAUAAAUACAUGGCUAUGGUUCUUAAUAUCUACUAUGCCGCCUAUACAAAAUAAUUGAAGAAAUUUGAAUACAGUAAUGGGUUCCCUUGAGAAUACUCCUACAUGGGCAGUUUCUAUUGUUUGCUUCUUUUUUUUCCUCAUUUCUUUCACCAUUGAUGCUGGACUUCACCAUCUAACUCAGUUUCUCAGAAGAAGAAAAAGAAAAUCACUCAACCGGGCCUUAACAAGAAUCAAAACAGAAAUGAUGAUACUGGGCUUUAUAUCAUUGCUUCUCACUAUAUCAGACGUACCCAUAUCAAAUAUCUGCAUACCUGAAGCCAUGGCAAACUCCUUCCUACCCUGCAAAAAUAAUGGGGAUUUUGUAGGACCAGACGCCUCAUCUGCAACUCAAUUUUCAGGAACGAAAAGCUCGAACGUGACUCUUUCUGCUGGUAACAAUGAUGAAUCUUACUGCAAGUCAAAGGAAAUGUUAUCGCUGGUGUCAAGGGAAGGAGUCAUGGAGCUGAAGAUCUUCGUCUCUUUUUUGGCAGUCUUCCAUGUGAUCUACUGUGUAUUGACAAUGGGUCUUGGGCAAGCCAAGAUGAGCAGAUGGAAAGCAUGGGAGCAUGAGACUAGUACGCUUGAAUAUCAGAUUGCUAAUGAUCCAAGGAGAUUCCGGCUCCCCCACCAAACAUCCUUUGGGCAAAAGCAUUUGAAACUUUGGAGUAAUAGUCGGCUUUUGCUUUGGCCAGUUUGUUUUCUUCGUCAGUUCAGUGGCUCAGCCUCAAAAGCCGAUUACUUCACUCUUCGCAAUGGUUUCAUUAUGGCCAAUAUAGCUGAAGGCAGUGAUUUCAACUUCCAGAAAUUCCUUGCGAGAGCUUUUGAUGACGAUUUUGAGCAGAUUGUUAGUAUCAGGUUUUGGAUCUGGACCUUCUGCAUACUCUUCAUCUUUUUCAGUGCACAUGAAUUCUAUAACUACUACUGGUUGCCUUUUAUUCCUCUAGCGAUUGUUCUCAUUGUGGGGACAAAGCUACAAGUUGUUAUAACAAACAUGUGCGUCAAGAGUUACAAGGUGAACUCCGUGAUUUAUGGAGCUUUCCCUGUCAAGCUGACGGAUGAUCUUUUCUGGUUUGGUCGACCUAAAUGGCUUCUCUAUCUCCUUCAGGUUGUCCUAAUCCAGAACUCUUUCCAGUUGGCUUUUUUCUUUUGGACAUGGUAUAAGUAUGGCCUUAGAUCCUGCUACAAUCAAGAAAUUGAGGACAUUAUCAUAAGGAUUUCGACAGGCAUUCUUGUACAAAUCAUUUGUGGUUAUUGGACUCUGCCCCUUUAUGCACUUGUUACUCAGAUGGGCUCUGGCGUGAACAGGGCUGUGUUCACCAAUCGUGUAGCAGAAGGCCUCAAACGUUGGCACUACAAUGCAAGAAGGAACCUUUCUAAGCAUAGAUCAAUUUCAAGUGAACAUUCACCAAGGUCCAUGCCUGCUACUGCUGACACUUCAGUUAGAGACAUGCAGAAAUCACAAGCUGAAGAACAUUACCAGGUUCCUCCCGUGGAAGUCACAAGAUCUACCACGUCAGAGAUCACAGAGGAAGCAAUGCAGAACAACAGUAAUACUAACAUACGACGACAAGCUUUCUACCUAUGGCAUUUCCUAAAGAAAAAUUGAAUCAUAAGAUUAGUUUUGGAGGAUCCUAUGAUGGUGAGGUUUCUUUGGGAGCAGUUGGAAAAUAAUUGAAACUGGUAAUAGUAUUAGAUAUGACAAUUCAAUAAUAGAAGAACAUGGCUCUGAUAUAUUGGCCGACUUUGAUGAACAGGCAAAUUAACAAAAUGUUAGAUCAAUUUUGUCAAAUCAUUGUGUAAAGCAUUCAAAAUGAGCAGAGCAUCACAUAGUUUCUGGAGCAGUAUUUCCCACAUCUUUACAAGUGAAGGAAUAUAAUCCUGCGGCAUUUUUCAAAUCGUUCAUUAUUUAUAACGAGAAAAGUUCAUCCUGUCAAGGAAA